AUGACGCCAAAGGUCCUUAUCGUACUGACCUCCUUUGGAGAUAUUCUCGACUCAACCGGAAAGUCGGUUAGACAGACUGGAUGGUACUUGCCAGAGCUUGCUCACCCAUACGAAAUCCUCUCAGGAAAGGCUGAACUCGUAAUCGCCUCGCCUAAGGGUGGUGUCGCACCCUUAGACCCAAACUCGUUACAGCCAUGGGUCCAAGACGAUGAAUCUUCAGCCAAUUUCUUUAACACCAAGAAGGCUGUUUGGGAGAACACAGCCAAGAUCUUAGACUUUCUAGGCCGCGCCGAUGAAUUUGAAGCCAUCUUCUAUCCAGGUGGACACGGCCCUAUGUUUGAUCUUGCGAUCAACCAGGACUCCAUAGCCCUAAUUAGUGAAUUUUGGACGAAGGGGAAGGUGGUGGCAGCUGUAUGCCACGGCCCCGCUGCAUUCGUCAAUGUAAAGCUUCCUAACAGCGGAGAGUACAUUUUGAAGGGCAAGAACGUGAGCGCAUUCUCUAGCGCCGAGGAGUACGCUAUGGAUAUGUCUAAGUAUAUGCCCUUCGUACUUGAGGAUAAGAUAAACGCAGAUGGGGCCAUUUACCACAAGGCAUCCGAGCUGUGGGCUGCGACGGUACAGGUCUCUGGGAAUUUGAUCACUGGUCAGAAUCCAGCCUCGGCAAAGGGGGUUGGAGAGGCUAUCGCGAAGGCAUUGGCAGCCGGAAUCGGCACUGCGUGGGUAGACCAACUCGAAGGAUAUCCUAUCGAACUUGAGAUAUUUACCACGCAAUUUCAAUCGGCGAUGUAUUGCCAAAUCGCGAACGUCCGUCGACGACUAUAA